UACGACAAGGAGUUCGAGUGCAACAACAGCGAGAGCGGCUACCUGUACUGCUGCGGCACCUGCUACUACCGCUUCUGCUGCAAGAAGCGCCAUGAGAAGCUGGACCAGCGCCAGUGCAACAACUACCAGAGCCCCGUGUGGGUGCAGACGCCCAGCACCAAGGUGGUGUCGCCGGGGCCCGAGAACAAGUACGACCCCGAGAAGGACAAGACCAACUUCACCGUCUACAUCACCUGCGGGGUGAUCGCCUUCGUCAUCGUGGCCGGCGUCUUCGCCAAGGUCUCCUAUGAUAAGGCCCACCGCCCGCCGCGGGAGAUGAACAUCCACAGGGCUCUGGCUGACAUCUUGAGACAACAGGGACCAAUCCCCAUAGCACACUGUGAAAGAGAAACGAUCUCGGCCAUCGAUACCUCCCCUAAGGAGAGCACGCCGGUCAGAUCGUCCUCCAAAAACCACUACACCCCCGUGCGCACAGCCAAGCCGCCUCCAGGACAUUAUGGGAAGGAUGCUUACCGAAGUGGAGGAGCUGAUCUCCAUAACUUCAUCUCAUCCGGAUUUGUCACAUUAGGAAGAGGACACACGAAGGGUGAUCAUCAGUAUAACCAUCCGAUUUUAAGCAGUGCUACCCAGACCCCUGCACAUGAGAAGCCACGAAUGAACAACAUCCUGACAUCAGCCACGGAGCCCUACGACCUCUCCUUCUCCCGCUCCUUCCAGAACUUGGCCCACCUGCCCCCAUCCUACGAGUCUGCAAUGAAGAGCCACCCCAGCAAGUACUCUUCCCUGAAGAGGCUAACCGACAAGGAGGCUGAUGAGUAUUACAUGAGGAGGCGGCACCUGCCCGACCUGGCAGCCCGCGGCACCCUCCCCGUCAACGUCAUCCAGAUGUCCCAACAGAAGCCCUUGCCCCGCGAGAGGCCGCGCCGGCCCAUCCGCGCCAUGUCCCAGGACCGGGUCCUGUCCCCGGAGCGGCGCCUGCCCGACGAGUUCCGCAUGCCCUACGACCGCAUCCUGUCGGACGAGCAGCUGCUGUCCACGGAGCGCCUGCACUCCCAGGACCCUCUGCUGUCCCCCGAGCGGACGGCCUUCCCCGAGCAGUCCCUGGCCAGGGCCAUCUCGCACACGGACGUGUUCGUGUCCACGCCCAUGCUGGACCGCUACCGCAUGACCAAGAUGCACUCCCAUCCCAGUGCCUCCAGUAACUCCUACGCCACGCUGGGCCAGAGCCAGACGGCGGCCAAGCGCCAGGCCUUCGCCUCGCGCAGACACAACACGGUGGAGCAGCUGCACUACAUCCCCGGCCACCACACCUGCUACAGCGCCAGCAAGACCGAAGUGACCGUGUGACCCCCUGGACAGGCCCGGCGACUGGCGGAGCAGGGCGGGCAGAAGGGGCCUGGGGCGGCGCUUCUAGCCCCCUGGGCUCCCUUCUCUUGUUCCUUCUGCAGGAGGUGGGGGUGGGCUAUCUUCACCGGAAAGCCAUACUCCUCGGCACAGCAGGUGGCCUGGCACAGCUGCACAGACCAGGGGAG